UUCACUUCAGCUUCGUGUAGCGACUGCCACGGGAUUGGACGACGGGGAACAAAGACGCACUGCGUACAUUUGCUAUUUGCCAUCAGCCCUUCUCGCCCUGCGCGACUUCUCUACAUAUUAAUUCCGACCGCAAGACUCGCUCUCUUCUUUUCUUUUGUCCACUCUCCUCCUCUUCAAACACCAUCACUGCUCGCUCUACACUCUUCCCUUCUUCUCUACACGACCCGCACCGGCAUUCAUCCCGCCGAUCACCAAAGAGACUCGUUGGAGAUCAGCGACCAGGCUAUUGCCACCGUUCUCACUUCCCUAUCUUCACUCAACAUCUUCCCACACACUACAAAAUGUCAGAAGCCGGGCAAGGGUCACCAAACGGCGUCGCUGGCGAUGCGCCUCCUACUGCCGCCGCGAACAACGAGCAUCUGAAUAUUAAGGUGACGGAUGGCAACAACGAAGUCUUCUUCAAGAUCAAGCGAAGCACCAAGUUGGAGAAGCUCAUGCGAGCAUUCUGUGAAAGACAGGGCAAAGAUCCAAAGGCAGCAAGAUUUUUAUUCGACGGUCAAAAAGUGCAAGCAGGAGAUACACCUGAACAGCUCGAAAUGCAAGAUGGUGAUUCGAUUGAGGUUCAUCAAGAGCAGAUUGGCGGUUCGGCAUAACGGAUGGUGAUACGCCUCGAUCUUGACAUGAUGAAGAGAUGACAUCGGGCUGGCGGCCUCAAUUUGUUACAUGGAUAUCUUCUGGGCAUGGCAGACGGAAGACUUACGUGCUCUCUUACCAAUGGUGCUGACAACAACCUUGACGACGAGGUGACGAUGGGGAGAUGUAGCGACGGCGAGGAGGGCACUAAAGCUUUCUUUAUCUGAUGGGUGGAAGAUGCCCGGUUAUCAGGACGACAUGUAGAUGCCUCUUUCUCAGCAGCUACUUGAGAAUUGCGUCUCAUCCCCGGCCAAAAGGAUCAGCCGCCCAGGACUACGUAGCUGAAGGUGGUGGUGGCUUUAACUCAAGGCUUACGGUUCAAAUAUUCAAUUGCUUGUUCACGGUAGUUCCAUGGCUUUUGUAACAUUCCAGAGCGAUCAGGUGUGACUGAGUUUGACCAUUUCUCACGACAUGAGGUUGGGCCUUGUUCUCCCUAGGGCGUAGGCUGUG